AUUUGGCAACUUGACAUACACCAUUCAUUUUUUUUUUUCUCUUUCUCUUAUCGUAUAUCUCUCUCUCUCUCUCUUUCCAAUUUGAAACUCGUGCUUGCUUUGCUUCUUCUUCUUUUUCGAAUUCUAGAAUAUUCCAAUUCUCAUUGCAACUCUCUGCGAUCGUUUCUUUUUUCUCUCUGUUCUUUUUCCGUCUCUCCUCGGACGGCUAGGAAGCCUAGUUUGGUUUUGGAGGAUCAGGUUCCAGAUUCUCGAAUAACUUAGUUCGACUUGGAUUUAUUGCUUGCAAUUGCAAAUGCACGAGCGUUGAAAAAGCAUGAAGAAGUUGAGGAGAAAGAUCGGAAAGUAUGAGGUGGGUCGAACUAUCGGCGAAGGCACGUUCGCCAAGGUUAAGUUCGCCAGAAACACCGAGACAGGGGAGAGCGUCGCUAUUAAAAUCAUGGCUAAGUCCACCAUUCUCCAGCACAGAAUGGUUGAACAGAUUAAAAGAGAGAUAUCCAUCAUGAAGAUUGUCAGGCAUCCUAAUAUAGUUAGAUUGCACGAGGUUUUGGCUAGCCAGACCAAGAUCUACAUAAUCCUCGAGUUUGUAAUGGGAGGGGAACUAUAUGAUAAAAUUGUUCAUCAUGGAAAGCUUCCUGAAAAUGAAUCUAGGCGCUACUUUCAACAACUUAUAGACGCUGUUGAUCAUUGUCAUAGAAAGGGUGUGUACCAUAGAGACUUGAAGCCUGAAAACCUUCUUCUUGAUGCUUAUGGAAAUUUGAAGGUUUCUGACUUUGGUUUGAGUGCAUUGACUAAACAGGGUGUUGGCCUUCUUCACACCACAUGUGGGACCCCAAAUUAUGUUGCCCCUGAGGUGCUCAGCAAUCGAGGAUAUGAUGGUGCGGCAGCUGAUGUUUGGUCAUGUGGAGUCAUCCUAUAUGUUCUAAUGGCUGGAUAUCUUCCUUUUGAGGAGGCAGACCUUCCAACACUGUACAGAAGGAUCAAUGCUGCAGAAUUUGUUUGUCCAUUCUGGUUUUCUGCUCACACAAAGUCAUUCAUACAUAAAAUUCUGGAUCUUAAUCCUAAAACACGGGUGAAAAUCAAUGAAAUAAGGAAAGAUUCAUGGUUCCAGAAAAACUAUUUUCCUGUCAAACUCAGGGAAGAUGAGCAAGUGAAUUUGGAUGAUGUUCGGGCUGUUUUUGAUGAUAUUGAGGACCAAUAUGUUGCUGAACGUUCAGAAAUUACUGAUGGGGGUCCUUUGAUAAUGAAUGCAUUUGAGAUGAUUGCCUUAUCACAAGGGUUGAAUCUUUCACCGCUGUUUGAUAGGCAUGAGGAUCAUGUAAAGCGGCAAACUCGUUUUGUCUCCCGUAAACCAGCAAAAGUUAUAAUUUCUUCUAUUGAAGCUGUUGCAGAGUCAAUGGGUCUUAAGGUCCAUUCUCGCAAUUACAAGGUGAGGCUUGAAGGCGUUUCUGCAAAUAUGGUUGGGCAAUUUGCAGUGGUCUUGGAGGUGUUUGAAGUCGCACCAUCCCUUUUCAUGGUUGAUGUUCGGAAGGCAGCUGGGGAUAUUUUUGACUACCACAAGUUUUACAAGAAUUUUUGUGCCAAACUAGGAAACAUUAUUUGGAGACCGUCAGGGACUGUGCCGAAUUCUAAUUUGCUUAAGCAAAUGACUAUAUGAACCAAUUAUUGCGGGUAUGAUGCAAAUCUAAUUAGAAUUUAGAAGAGCACUGAAAGCUUCAGUUGGUCCCGAGUAUACUAAAAACUGGCAUGCUUUCUAGCUAUCAUAAUGCAACAUACACUGCGAAUCGUAUAGCGAACUGAUGGAAAAAACCUCUUGCACAGUGCAUCCUGUAACAAUCUACCCCACAAAGGUUUAGAAAACGAUCCAUUAUUUAGUUUGGACAGGAUGUAGAGUACAAACAGAAACGAUGAUCUUGUUUUCUAUCCCCAGUGCUGUCCGUAAGGAGCGUGUUUGGGAUAGCUAUUCAACUUCCCAAACACGUUUGUUUCAGAUAUGCUGAUUUUGUGUAUAUAUGUAAACUAAAUCUUGUUUGCUUGCAAUAAAUAAAAGUUCUGUUCUUAAAAUUUCUAAGA